AUGAACGGGACAGAAGGCCAAGACUUCUACGUGCCCAUGUCCAACAAGACCGGGGUGGUGCGGAGCCCCUUUGAGUACCCCCAGUAUUACCUGGCUGAGCCUUGGAAGUUCUCGGCGCUGGCUGCCUACAUGUUCAUGCUGAUCCUGCUCGGCUUCCCCAUCAACUUCCUCACGCUGUACGUCACCAUCCAGCACAAGAAGCUCCGCACACCUCUGAACUACAUCCUUCUGAACCUGGCCGUCGCCGACCUCUUCAUGGUCUUCGGGGGCUUCACAACCACGAUGUACACCUCCAUGAACGGGUACUUUGUCUUUGGAGUAACAGGGUGCUACAUUGAAGGCUUCUUUGCCACACUGGGCGGUGAAAUUGCUCUCUGGUCACUGGUGGUCCUGGCUAUCGAAAGAUACGUAGUGGUCUGCAAGCCCAUGAGCAACUUCCGCUUUGGAGAGAACCAUGCCAUCAUGGGUGUUGCCUUCUCCUGGAUCAUGGCCUUGGCGUGUGCAGCUCCCCCACUUUUCGGCUGGUCCAGGUACAUCCCCGAGGGCAUGCAGUGCUCGUGCGGGAUCGACUAUUACACUCUGAAGCCAGAGGUCAACAAUGAAUCUUUUGUCAUCUACAUGUUUGUGGUUCACUUCAUGAUCCCGCUGGCGAUCAUUUUCUUCUGCUAUGGGAACCUGGUCUGCACGGUUAAGGAGGCUGCUGCCCAGCAGCAGGAGUCUGCCACCACCCAGAAGGCAGAGAAAGAAGUGACUCGCAUGGUCAUCAUCAUGGUCAUCUCCUUCCUGAUCUGCUGGGUCCCCUACGCCAGCGUCGCCUUCUACAUCUUCACCAACCAGGGAUCAGACUUCGGGCCCAUCUUCAUGACCAUCCCGGCAUUCUUUGCCAAGAGCUCGGCCAUCUACAACCCUGUGAUCUACAUCGUAAUGAACAAACAGUUCCGUAACUGCAUGAUCACAACCCUCUGCUGUGGCAAGAACCCUCUGGGUGACGAGGACACAUCUGCUGGCAAGACAGAGACCUCCUCCGUCUCCACCAGCCAGGUCUCUCCUGCAUAG